GAAAGACUUCCGCAUAGGAUACACCUGUCUAUCCUCGCUUCUAGAUCCUCUGGAAACUUCCUCACUCCUCGUGGUGCAAUUAGAGAAUGUCCUUCAAGAUGUCCUUCAAGAUGGUUGAUCAAUUUCCGGGUCACGAGCUGGAGGACGGAGGAGCGAUGAAACGGGGAAGCACCCACGAGCCUUGUUCAAGGAUAGUUUAUGAUCACGUAUUAUCUCGCGAGUAGCUACAAGCUUGGUGCGGACCAACCAGAGACGUGAAAUCAUACGACGCGCUGGAAACAUGGCCGCGCGGUGAGUGGAUAGUGAUACCACAACAAAGCUAGAUAGCUCAUUAAAUAAUAAGUAACAAAAACUUAAACUCACUGAAUCGAGUGUUUAAUAUUAACAUUGUGCAGUGUAUGUCUGUAAUUACUAAACAUGACAGACAAGCAUACCAUCGAUACCCGACCUACAGCAGAUGAGACCAAAGAAAUUCGGAGCCGAGUUUUUAAGCUUUCCCAGAACAAAUUUCAAACAAAUAAUAAAUCUGGACGGAAACCAACACGCUCUCCAUCAUCGAGUGUCUCGCUGUAUUAUGGAAAAGAUGUGGGGACCCAAAAACAUAGAUCAAGGAUCAGAUUUAAUGGUUGCAGCAGUGGUGAUUCCCAAAGUGAGGCAGAAGCUCUACAGGACAUCAUCUGGGAUCCUGCUUCACCACCUCCAGUGAGGAAUGGAAAAGGAGCAGCAGAAAGUGUCAGAGUUGUGGAGAUAUCUGAGAUUGUCAACAGAAUUGCACCUAAUGAUGAGAAGUCUGUGGAUAAAGAUUCAGUGCUUCAGUGGAUUGGAGAUACUGCUGUUCCUUGCACUCCAGAGAUUCAGCAACCCAGAGUUCGGAGGUGCUCAGCACGUCGGCAAAGUAACAAUGUUGAGGACCUGAUGAAACUGGCUAAGCAGUUUGACCUUAACAUGACCCGCCAACACAAAGAAAGGAUUCUUGAGAGUCUGCAGAAUAGUGGGGGAACAAAUUGUAAGGACUUGCACAAGCUCAACAAACUCACUGCCACCCACCCAGAAUCGCAGAGUAAUGGGGCUUCUGCUGGUGAAGCCAAAGGACUAAGCCAUGAGGAGGAGCUGCAUGCUCUGUUUGAUGGACCAACCCAGUACUUGAGUGGGAGACUAAGCCCUCCAUCACCUAACUGUUCACAGGAGAGCAGGACUGAAAAAACAGCUACUCAUGGAAUGAGACCAACCACUUCAGACAGCAAGAAUCUCCUUUAUGAUGCUCAGGUGUCAAAACCAGCCUUUGAUGAUGACUGGGAGAAUGAUGAUCUUCUCAGUGACUUGUUUGUGCUAGAGGUGACUCAGAACCCUUGGAAUAUGAGCUCCUGUACAGCAAAGACCAGUAGUCAGAUUGGGUCUGCUGCUUCUAUAAAAUGUGAACCUAUAAUGGUAGCCAGUUCCUCUGAAUCAAGCACCAGAGCUGGUUUACCUCAGUGUCACCAGAUUACCAGUUAUUACACUAGGUUUUCUUCAAAAAUUAGCACCAGUCUUAGUACUUUCAGGUCAGAUGAUCCUGUCCAGUCUGUUGCAAUUAAGCAACUUCCAAAAACUAGCCCUGAUUCAAUCAACACAGAUAGAAAGCAGAAGAUAGUUAUGACCAAUGUUGACCCCGGAGCCAAAGAUUUAGCCAGUUCAGCUGUAGCAUCAGGGAAGGACUUGGUCUCUGUGUGGGGUGAAGAUGAUGAUGAUGAUGAUGAUGAUGAUGAUGAUCUGCUUUAUCAGGCCUGUCAUGACCUGGAGCAAAUCUCAUCCAGUCAAGAGCAGCAAAAAGACAAGAAUAUAACCAAGCCCUUAUGUUCCUCACCUGAAGUACUUCCAACCAUCACUACUAGUUCUUCAAGCAUGAGUAGAAACAGCAGAACAGUUCAAUCUCAGGAUCCAAUGAGCUACAAACAGCCUGUGUGUGUUUUUUCAUGCUCACAUUCAAUACCGGGUGCUUCGGGUGUUCAUGGAAACAAGCAAAACUUGUAUGAAUCAGCUAGUGCUUCUCAAGUAAACGACGAUCCUAAAAACAGCAGGCAGCAGUACCAUUUCACUCAGCUGAGUCCUCAGCCUGUUACAGGACUGUCUGGAGAAAACUCCCAUUAUUCCAUAUUCAAGAGGCAUCAGUCUGACCCAGGGGCAUUGAGAAACAAAGUGUUUAUUGCAGCACAACCAGCAGUGAAGUGCUCUGCUGCUGAAAUUGAGAGGAAGAAGCAGGAGGCUAUAGCAAGGAGGAAAUUGCGACUGCAAGCCACUCAGAAGUCUGGUGCUCCCACAUAACCCUCCACAGAGGAGCCUGACGUCUUAAAAUGAAUAUCUGCCCUCUGACAUCUAAUGGAAUAACUUUAGCUCUCUGAUUCUGUGUAACCGUCUUUUGCCAUUUGACCUUUUUGCCCCCAAUUAUUUCAAUUGCUCCACAUUAAACCACCAGCAUAUUUCGUCAUUAUAUGCUGCUAGUUUGUGUGAAAAUACUAAUCAACCUUUUUUUUUUUUUUUUUUUUUUUUUAAAUAGUGUUCUAGAAAAUGUUCUCUAAUUUCUUGUCCAUAUAAUUUCAUCAACAUAAUGAGACAAAAGAGCAGUUAUGAAUCAUUAAGAAAUGCAGUUCCCUCUGAAACUAUUGGAAAUGGCAAGGCCAAUUCAUUUUUAUUUUAUUUAUUUUUUUGCUGUAGACAUUUGGGUUUGAUAUGAAAAUAUUAAUAUGAGAAGAGAGCUUAGAAUUUCAGCUUUUAUUUCCUGGUAUUUAUACAUAGAUGUGUUAAACAGAAAAGAAUAUAGCACAUUUUGUAUCAGACCACCCAAUUUGUAGGCGAGCAAAAAUAUUGCGACAUGUGACUGACAGGUGUUUCUUGUUACCCAUGUGUGUCCUGUUAGAUUGGUUGUUUAAACAAUAAUUAGCUCUGAAUAUCUACUCUUGGUUUUAGCCUUCAGUUUCACCUGUGAAGACUGCAUGUGUUCUUAAAAAGGAUAAACCAACAUGAUCAGAGAGCUGUAUAUGGGUGAAAAGAAAGCCAUUUUGAAGCUGAGAAAAGAGGGAAAUCAAUCAGAGGCAUUGCACAAACAUUGGGUUUGCCAGUACAACAAUUUGUAAUGUCCUUAAAAAUAAAGAAACCACUGGUGUACUGUGCAACAGACAUCGAAUGGAUCAGCCAAUGAGAACAACAGCAGCUGAUGACAAACAUUGUAAGAGCUGUGAAGAAAAACCCAAAAGCAUCAUUUAGUGACCUCACCAACAACCUCCACAGGGCACUGGUAAACGUAUCACAAUCCACCGUUCGAAGAAGACUUUUAAAGCAGAAAUUUAGAGAUCAUAUCGCAAGAUGCAAACCACUCAUCAGCAGUAAGAAUCAGAAAGCCAGAUUGGAAUAUGCAAAGAAAUAGAGAUGAGUCACAAAGGUUCUGGAACCAAGAUUAACCUCUAUCAAAGUGAUGGAAAGGCCAAAGUGUGGAGAAAGAAAGUAUCUGUUCAUGAUCCAAAACAAACAAACUUGUCUGUCCAUGGUGGAGCUAGUGUCAUGGCUUGGGCUUGCAUGGCUGCUUCUGGAACAGGCUCUCUAAUCUUUAUUGAUGAUGUAACUCAUGAUGGUAGCAGCAAAAUUAAUUCAGAAGUUUACAGGAAGAUUUUGCCAAUUUGUAGGGAAAUGCAUCCAAAUUAAUCAGGAGGAACUUUAUCUUGCAGCAAGACAAUGAUUCAAAACACACUGCCAACUCAACAAAGGACAUUAACAGGGGAAAACAGUGGAACGUUUUAUACUGGACAAGUUAAUCAUCACCCCUUAACCCAACUCGGCAUGCAUUUCAGCUCCUGAAGAGCAGACUGAAGGGAGAAACCCCGCGAAACAAACAACAAAUGAAAGAAGCUAUGGUAAAAGCCUGGAAAAACAUCACAAUAGAAGAAACCAACAGUUCGGUGAGGUCAGUGAGUAGCAGGCUUGAUGCAGUAAUAGCAAGCAAGCAAUAUAUGCAACCAAAUAUUAAAUGUUCUUUACUUUAAUAUACACGCUCUAUCUGUUCCUAUACUUUUGCUUGCUUAAAAAUUGGGUGGUCUGAUAAACAUAGAUUUUGUAUGUUGUGUAAUACAUCUAGAUAUAAAUACCAGGAAAUAAAAGCUGCAGUCCUAAACUCUCACCUCAUAGCCAUCUUUUGAUCUCAAACCCAAAUAUCUUUGGUGUAUAGCACAAAGAAAUGAAUUGGUCUUGCCAUUCCAAUAGUUUCAGAGGGGACUGUAACUUGGAGAGGAAUGUGUAUAGUUUCUCUCCUGGAAUUGUUCAUCACUCUGGUUCUAUCUUUAGUGGCAGUAGAAACGUCUGUAAUUGUGAACUGAGUAUUGAACUUUUCUUGACUGGUUUUCUGUUGUCUUGUUUGUGUUCCAUCAAGGCUGCUUACUCUGUGGGUUGCCUGUGCAAAACUGUAAAUUUGAUUUGAUUUAGAUCAUUGCCAUGAUAAAAACUAUUUAAUUGCAUUCUUGUGAAAGGUGUACAGUAUUUUGAGCUCAAAUAAGAUAAUAUUUACAAGCUAACAGCACGCUGAGUUCAGGCUGUGAGAGUCAAAAGUGCCAUUCCACUUGUUUCCAUAAAGAAAAUGUGAAAUGAAGCAAAUCUGUGUGUACCAGUGCUCCUCAUAAAAUGUAUUUAAUCCAA